AUGGGUUCCCAACCCCAACACCGCCUCUUCAUCCUCGACACAGACCUCUCUCAACCGCACCCACGCAAUGGCCGCAUACUCUCCUGCCUUCCAGACGGCAGCGAUCUCCAAACCGUCAUCCCCAACGUCACCACCUUGCCCGACGGGAUCACCAUCGACCAGAUCAACAAGCACAUGUACUGGACCAACAUGGGCCCGUCCUUCAAAGUGAACAACGGCUCCAUCGAGCGUUCCAACCUUGACGGUUCUGAUCGGCAAACCAUCAUCCCCCCCGGAAGCGACGUGGGCGUCUUCACACCAAAGCAAAUCACCAUUGCGCCCAAGACUAGGAAACUGUACUGGUGCGAUCGCGAGGGCAUGAAAGUAAUGCGGAGCAGCCUCGACGGCUCAAACAUCGAAGUUUUGAUUUCAACAGGGAGUACGGACGAGGAUCGUUUGAAUUCGAUGAAAUGGUGUGUGGGCAUCACGGUGGACGAGGAACACAAGUUCUUCUACUGGACGCAAAAGGGCCCGUCGAAGGGGGGAAAGGGGCGGAUUUUCCGAGCCAGCACCGAGUUCCCUGCAAAUUCGACACCGGACGCGAGACCAGAUGUCGAGCUGCUCUUCUCGGGACUGCCCGAGCCGAUUGAUCUCGAUAUUGAUGAGGCAAGUCAAACGUUGUAUUGGACAGAUAGGGGGGAUCCGCCGGAAGGGAAUUCGUUGAACAGGGCUUUUGUGGGGGCUAGGACGGAGGGGGGUGAGGAGGGGAAGGGGAAGAAAGAGGUGUUGGCUAAGAGGUUGCAUGAGACCAUUGCAUUGGCGGUUGAUUUCCAGGGAGGGGUGGCGUAUGUGACGGAUUUGUCUGGUGGGGUUUAUCGGAUUGGGUUGGAGACAAGGGAGAAGAGAGUGUUGUUUGCUGAAUUGGGGGAUAUUACGGGAAUUGCGUUGGCGAGUUGUUAG